GUGUUGGAUCACAGCUCAACUUUUAUGGUUUCAGAGGAAGUGAAACUGUGAGACGUUCAUUGUCACUGAGAAGUGAAAUGGCGCAGAGAGGAAUUCAACUGGACUCGGCAAAAUUCUGCUGUUCGAUCUGUCUGGAUCUACUGAAGGAUCCGGUGACUGUUCCCUGUGGACACAGCUACUGCAUGAGCUGUAUUAAAAGAUUCUGGGAUGGAGAGGAAAAGAGGAAAAUCCCCAGCUGCCCCCAGUGCAGACAAACCUUCACACCAAGACCUGUCCUGGGGAAAAACACCAUGUUAGCAGAAAUAGUGGAGGAAAUGAAGAAGAUGGGACUCCAAGCUAACAUCUGCUCUCGUCACGAUGAGGUGAUGAAGAUUUUCUGCCGCACUGAUCAGCAGUGUAUCUGUUAUCUCUGCUCCAUGAAUGAACAUAAAGCCCACCACAAAGUCUCAGCUGCAGCAGAAAGGACCAAGAGGCAGAAAGAGCUUGGGCUGAGUCGUCAAAAAAUCCAGCAGAGAAUCCAGGACACAGAGAAAGACGUGAAGGUGCAGGAGGUGGAAGCUAUCAAUUGCUCUGCUGAUAAAGCAGUGGAGGACAGUGAGAAGAUCUUCACUGAGCUGAUCCGUUUGAUUGACAAAAGAAGGUCUGAUGUGAAGCAGCAGAUCAGAUCCCAGCAGAAAGAGGAAGCAAGUCGGGCUGAAGAACUUCAGGAGAAGCUGAAGCAGGAGAUCGCUGAGCUGAGGAGGAAAGAUGCUGAACUGGAGCAGCUCUCACACACAGAGGACCACACCCAUUUUCGACACAACUACCCCUCGCUGUCACGUCUCAGUGAAUCUACACACUCACCCAGCAACAAUAUCCGUCCUCUGAGCUACUUUGAGGAUGUGACUGCAGCUGUGUCAGAGCUGAGAGAGAAACUACAGGACCUUCUUAGUGAGGAAUGGUCCAAGAUCUCACUGACAGUGACUGGAGUGGACGUUCUCCUGCCACAACCAGAGCCCAAGACCAGAGCUGAAUUCUUACAAUAUUCAUGUCAAAUCACACUGGAUCCAAACACAGCACACAGACGGCUGUCAUUAUCUGAGGGGAACCGAAAAGUGACACUAACAGGAAAAGAUCAGUCAUAUCCUCCUCACCAAGAAAGAUUCACUGGAAGGUUUCAGGUCCUGAGUAGAGAGAGUCUGACUGGACGUCAUUACUGGGAGGUGGAGAGGAGUGGGUCAGGUGUUUUCAUAGCAGUUGCAUACAAGGAUAUUAGAAGAACAGGGAAUGGAAGUGGAUUUGGAUGCAAUGACAAGUCUUGGACAUUAGAUUGUCAUUACAAUCAGUUCAUACAUAACAGCAUCAAAACUCCCACAUCAGUCCGUGUGUCCUCCAGAGUAGGAGUGUACCUGGAUCACACAGCAGGUAUUCUGUCCUUCUACAACGUCUCUGAAACCAUGACUCUCCUCCACAGAGUCCAGACCACAUUCACUCAGCCUCUCCAUGCUGGAUUUAUGGUUUAUUUGGUCAGUGGAGCCUCGGCUGAGUUUUGUCAGCUCAAGUAGACAGGAGUUAUUAAAGCAGCAAAAUGUAAGUUUCUGUUUUU